CAUGUUCUGCAGAAUCUAAACUUCCAUUCCAGUUCAUUUCUAGCCCUUGCGGCUUUCACAAAACUCCUCCCAAGGUGAACUGACCUAUAUCCCAGGCAGCGCCGUCUGCCUGAGUCUGCAGGCAUUUCUUGCCUUGUUUAAUUGUUCAAUUCUUUUUUCUCCCCUGGCAUCUCUGUCAAUGUAGUGCUGAGUCCUGCCUCCUCUGCUCUGGGUCUGGAUUAACAUAGACCUCUGAUAACACAGUGUCCCGCCCAUGUUAGUCAUAGAAACUUCCCAUUGAGAGAUAUUAGGGCUGGUGAGAACUAGGGUGAACAGAAGUCCUGAUUUUAUAGGGACAGUCCUGAUAUUUGGGACUUUGUCUUGUAUAGGCUUCUAUUAACCCCCACCCCCAUCCCGAUUUUUCACACUUGCGGUCUGGUCACCCUAGUGGGAACGUGUUAGAAAAUCCUCUCCCUGUUAACCACAGGGUAAAGUCAAGUGUCAGACACCUUAGAGUUUGCAAAGAAAUUGUGUCUCCUGCACAUUUUGCACUCCAUGAAAGGACCCUAGAUUCUAUGUCCCUGGCCUGCCAUUUUUUUUUAAUAGACCAGACACAAGAUGAGAGGCAGAAGAUUGUGUCUGAAUUUCAGCAACUGUGGCAGUUCCUGGAGGAACAAGAGCAACUCCUGCUGGCCCAGCUGGAGAAGCUGGACAGGAAGGUUGUAAAGAUACAGAAUGACAAUGCCAGUAAACUCUCUGAGGAGAUUUCCCGCCUCAGUGAGCUGAUCAGUGAGCUGGAGGGGAAGGGUCAGAAGCCAGCGAGUGAACUCCUGCAGGACUUCAGAAGCACCGUGAGCGGGUGUGAGGCGGGGAAGUUCCAGCAGCCCAUGGAGAUUUCUCUGGAGCUACAGAAGAGACUCAGUGAUUUCUCCCAAGAAAAUAUUGUUUUAAUGGAGACUUUGAGGAAAUUCAAAGACACUCUGCUAUCUGAACCAGAGACAGGAGCACACAGACAGGUGACGGUGACUCUGGAUCCAGACACGGCUCAUCCCCAGCUCGCCCUGUCUGAGGAUCGGAAACAUGUGAGAUGGGGACACGCCCGGCAGGAUCUGCCCGACAACCCUGAGCGAUUUGACACUGAGCUCUGUGUGCUGGGCUGUGAGGGAUUCACCCUGGGGAGACAUUGCUGGGGGGUGGAGGUGGGGGAUGGAGAAUGCUGGGCUGUGGGGGUGGCCAGAGAGUCUGUGAGGAGGAAGGGCUGGAUCGGUCAUAACCCUGAGGGGGGGAUCUGGGCUGUGCAGUGGUGGGGGUGUCAGUUCCAGGCUCUCACCUUCCCUGAGACCCCCCUGCCCCUGAGCCGGGUCCCCAGAAGGAUCCGGGUUUCUCUGGACUGUGAAUGGGGGCAGGUGGCAUUUUUUGAUGCUGAUAACGAGGCCCCGAUCUUCACUUUCCUGCCAGCCUCUUUCACCGGGCAGCGAAUCCGUCCCUGGUUCUGGGUCUGGACAGGAUCCUGGCUCAGACAGUGUUGCUGAGACAUGGGGGGGAUAUCGCCCUGGAGUCUCACACACCCUUGUCUUUGUGACAUUGGAAGUUUCCUGUUUCCUUCAGGCUUUCUGCCAUGCAGUGCCCACGACCCUGGCGGCCCUGCUAGGUGUCUGCCCUGCCAAAGUAUGGAAAACAGGGGGUGGCUUCUCUACCUCCGCCAAUCUCAUCCACCCAAGGCUUUUGCCGCCGUAUGUCACUGUCCUCUGGCACAGGAGGACUCUGGGAAUUCUGGCUCAGACAGUGCUACUGAGACAUGGUGGGAAUAGGCCAAUGGGCAUGAAAAAAUGGGUGUCUCUAAUCACAGUCAUCCUAGUCUGUGAUACUGGAGGCCUCUCAUCUACCUAGCCUCUGGCUCAUCUUCAUGACCUUGGAGGACACCUGUCUACCCAACCCCAAUAUCUAAUCUCUAUGACACUCCCCCUCCCUCCCUGCAGCCCCAGGGAUGGGAAGGGCUGGGGGGGGGGUGAAUAACUCCUGGAGCUGCUGCAGGUGCAUAGGGUUCCUGAGGGGCAUGUGUGGGGCUGCAGGAUGAGAACUGAUGGAGGGUCAGGGACA